AUGUCCACUGUUAUGAGGUUUGUGACCACUGAUAUAGAAGCAAUUAUUCGACAUUCUUUGGAAUUUAAUUUUACUAUUACAGCUUUUCAUCAUGCACUGAAUGCUUAUCGUAUUACUGAAAUUAUUAAAAAACGUGUAAAAAAUAAUAUUACUAUUGCGACAUUUUCUGAUCUUUGGGGCUUCAAGAAGGAAUCAUUUCAAGCUAGUACAAAGUCUCCGAAAAUUUUAGCAGAUGCACACAUUCCUGUAGCCCUAAAAUCCGAUCACCCCGUAACAAAUGCGCAACAUUUGAUAUUUGAAGCUUCCAAAGCACAUUAUUAUGGUCUUGAUGAACAUCUUUCCCUUGCAGCCGUUACAUCAGUGCCCGCAAAAGCGCUUGGUUUAGAUCAUCGCAUCGGUCAGAUUUCAAAGGGAUAUGAUGCUGAUGUUGUGGUUUGGGAUUCUUACCCACUUGAUUUGGGUGCAGCUCCAUUAGAAGUUUAUAUCGAUGGAAUUCCUCAAUUCAACACUUCCUCAUAUGUACUUGGAAAUGAUAUAUCAAAACAAAUCCCAUUAAAUAAUAUAAAUGUACCUAAACCGAAGUCAAGUUUUACACAGGAGCCUGUUAAAUCGCGCUUAGCAUCCUCAGUUGUGUUAAAAAAUGUUGGCAAGGUUUAUGUUGAUAAGAACAAUAUAAUUGAUAUUACUUCAUCAACACAAGGAGAUAUUAGUGUAAUAGUUAAAGAUGGCAUUGUUGAAUGUAUUGGUAUUAAUUGUACAGAGCCAGAAUAUAUUUCAUCAUAUGAAGUAAUAGAUUUAAAUGGUGGAUAUAUAUUACCAGUAGGGGGAUUCAUUGCUGUUGCAUCAUCUCUAGGAUUAUCAGAGAUCGCUAGAGAAUCUUCCACAACAAAUGGUAAAGUGACUGCUGUAUCCAAUCCUCUCAAUGAUGCAGGAAUUAUUUACGCAAUCGAUGGAUUGAAAUUGGGAGGUAAACAUUUAGAAGCCGCGUAUAAAGCUGGAGUGUUAACUGCAGUCACUCCGCCUCUCUCAAAUAAGGGCGUGUUUAUUGGCGUUUCUAUGGCAUUUGAAACCGGUGCUAGCUCUGCCACCAUACCGACAGUCUCUGGUCAGAUUGCUUUGAUUAGAAGAACCUUGAUAACACAUCUAUCGCGAAAUACUAUCUUUGGUCGUGCUGCACGCGGAGAUAUCCCUUUAGUAGUACUAACUCACAACAAAGAUGAAAUUGCUUCCUUGAUUCGGUUGAAAAUCCAAAUUAGAAAAAAUGGUGGACAUUUAAACCUUGUAAUAUUGGGUGGUACUGAAGCGCAUAUGCAUGCUGCUGAAUUGGCUAAGCAUAGAAUACCCGUAAUACUUACCCCACCUCGACCUGUUCCAACGUCAUGGUCGGCUCAACAUGCGUUAACAGGUGCACCUAUUACUAAUACAACAGGAAUUGAAAUACUUCAUGCGAAUAAAGUUUUGGUAGGAAUAGGUGCAUCGGAAUCGGGUUUGGAAAGAAAUUUAAUUUGGGAUGCUGGCUGGGUAGGAAUAAAUUCUAGAGGGGUAAUUUCCGAAAAAGAGGCGCUUGGGUUUAUUUCGUGGAACUUAGAAGAAAUCCUUGGCUUAAAUAGAAGAAAUAGAAGGUUAAUGAAAGGCAACAUUGCAAAUUUUGUAGCGUAUGAUGGGAACCCUUUUGAUAUGAGUACAAGAGUGAAAGUUGUUGCUGGAGGUGGUAAGAGUGAAAUUCUUAUUAAUCCUCAACAAGAUUAG